AUGGGUAACGCCGUGUUCUGCAGGGUGGAUAAAGAGGCGGGGGCGGAAUGCAACACCAACCGCCCAAGCAGCCAACAGCGGCUGCUGGCGAAGUGUCCGCGACAUCAGACAACGCUGAAGCCUCAUCCUCGUGAUGAAGCAAAGGUUGUGUGGGGCACGACCCCAGCUCAUGCAUACGGAAGAGGAGGCCGCUCACCGGAGCAACAGCAGCAGCGGCAAAACGGCCUUUCCUCUUUCACAGGCAUCUCCCCUGUAGAGCUGAGCAGCAUGUCCUCGUCGAUCCCUCUCAUCCCAGAGCUCGAACGCGCAUCUGCGACGCCUCAGCUGGAAUGGUUGCAAUCCUCCCUUCCACCUAGUGUUAGCGACCCUAACUUGGAGCCUCCACACGAGUACACUGUAGACUUCGGCACGGUCUUGAGCGACGCCCGCCCAGACAGAAUCGCCGCGGCACCGCACGCAGAUGGAUCGACAGAAUCCAGUAGCCGUUCAUCCUACUUCACCCCCAGCAUCAGUGGGCUCGAGAUGCCUCCUGACCUUGGCUUCGCCGCCAACCUCGAACGCGUUGCCUCCCCUGAGCUCCGAGCGCCACCGUCAGACUCACCAACACCCGUGCACCCGCCGCUGCUGUCCGCGAGUCCCGUUGAAAGCCUCCAAUGGGAUGACGUGGUGUUGCCGGCUGCGGCACUCCCCGUCACUGUAGUCAACCCCACUGUCCCUGUAGCACCGAGCCCCUACUUGCCGUUUGCUCGAAACGCAAGCACAGGGACGAAAAAACUGACAGGCAACUGGUGCUCCUCCGACAGCAAGUCGGCAAGUCGGAGGCGAGGGGUUACCAAGACGCAGAAGGAGUCGAUGUGUGGAUCUCCUGCUAAUCCGACGCAGCCACAGCAGCACAGACGGCCACUCAGGCAGGUAGCUCCAUUGCAAUCCGUCCAAGAGGUGAAGCCCACUGACGCAGUCACAUCCUCCGCCGCCCACACGGGCUCAAAAGGUCAUCCACCAGACACGUUGCCGCGGCGACGCCUCACCGACAAGAGUGGUGCUUCUGACCUCAUGCCGCCGCCACUCGAGAGUGCCGGGGCCCUGGGUGCCAAGGCGGCGGCAAAGGCUGCUUACACCGGCAACUCGCCCAUUGCCGGCUCGCACAGAUCUCAACUGCCUCUGUUGCCGAAGCAUUUGCCCCGCUACGGGGAAAAGGCGCUCACCGGUGGGGACGCGAACGGGGCAGAAACGGCAAACAGUCGAGGGGGUGCCCAAAGCAGGGCCUCGCCGCGGAACGCCCUUGUAGCGCGCAAGAUGGACGAGGAGAGUGGCGCUGCGACACCGCCGAGUGGCGCGCCUGCUCUCCCCCCACCACCCGAUGACAAUGUCAGUAGCCUUCAAGGGUGCACCGAACAAGGCUUUGCAAGGCUACCGCUUCUGAAGGAAACCAGGACAUCUGUCACGGCAAUGAAGCCAACGCAGGCGCAAUCUACCCGGCAAACCACGCAGAGCGCCACAAAUGGUGACGUGCGUAAUAAUUCCGCUUCCUAUGAGCCGUCUUGGCGCCUAACUUCAGACGAAGAUGACACUAUCCCGCAACUGAAGUUCACUGCCCGUGGAGAGGCUGCCCCCUCUUCGCCCAUGAGAACGAAAUGGCAAACGGCCACAGCGGCGACGACGGCUAACCAGAAUCGCGCAUCCACCUUCUCAGCUCCAAUAUCAGACGAGGCACUGCCGCACUCAGCAUUACGCGGUACUAUGAAGCUCGAAUCUCUCACGUUGUCCGAAGGGGGUGUCCGGCAGGACGCCGCUAGCACAACGCACCUACAAGUUUCCGCGCAACACGAAAACGCCCCGAGUCGCCUGCACGCGGCCAACUGCAUGGGAGUACGCAUGACGGAGAAAACACAGGAUUCCCUUUUAUCUGGGCCAGCGCCCUCUUCUCCUUCCCUUUUCCAACAAGUCGGUGCUGCUCCCCAGAGCUGCAGCCGUUCCGAUGAUGGGAGUGAGAGUCCCAGCGAAGACAAGGAGAGGCCGUCAGGCGACGGUGAAUGUUUGCCACGGCCCCAAAAUGUGUGCGACUUGACGCCGAACCUCGGCGCUAGUCACCGGGUCAACUCGAUUCUCAAGAAGACCAGCAGCUACCGAUCUCUAAACGGCUCUCCGGUGGAGCGAGCGCUGCCGGCGGUGGGCUCGGUGUCAUUUCUCUUGUGCGAGCAGGAGGCGUCGCUCGCUCUGGUGAGCCGCCAAGGCGUGUUCAAGGCCGUCUCCCACCACGCAAAGCCGCGUCAGAGGGAAGACCAUCGACUUUUCCAGGACGCCUGA